AUCGUCGUCCACUGCCUACAGCAACAGCAACCAACAAACACACGCGAAGAGGCACACAUCUCCGCCUUCGUGUUCCUCUUCUUCUCUCCUCCUCCCCCCAUCCAUCCAUCUAUCGCACCACCUCCCCCGAAAAAAUCCCACCAAUACCUCAUCGCCUUCGUCCCCUUCCUCGCUUCCACGCCAAAAGUCGUUCGCUUUUCCCUCCCUUCCUUCCCCCCCGUCUCCUUGUGGGUUUUGGGAGGGGUGGUUCCUCGAGGUGUAGGUGGGUGGCGCGCUGGCUUCUUCUUGGCCGCGAGGGUUUUAGGAGGUUUCUUGAGGGUUUUGGAGUGGUGGUGGUGGAGGAUUGGAGUUGGGGUCUGAUGCGAGUGGAGUGAUGAUGAUGUGGCCUUUGGAGAUGGAGGAGGGGUUUGUGGCUCUCAAGAGGACGGAGCAUGUCGAGGUGACGUCCUUGGCGGUGGCGGUCGAGGCGACGCCGUCGGCGAAGGGGGGAAAGGGGAAGGUUGUGGUGGGUGGUGGUGGCGCCGGCGGCGGCGUUGGGCCGACGAGGGUGAGGGUGUUCUGUGAUGACUUCGACGCGACGGACUCGUCGAGCGAUGAGGAUGAGGAGGAGGUGACCGCGCGGCGGAGGGUGAAGCGCUACGUGCAGGAGAUUCGGUUACAGCGCGCGGCGGCGGUGGCCGUGCCGCCGGUGAAGGUGAAGGGCGAGGAGGUGUUCCCGGCCGCGGUGUCGGCGAAGAUGGCGGAGGCCGCGAAGGCGAGGGUGGUGUUGGCGGCUGGGAGGAAGAGGAAGGCCGGCGGGGUGGACGGCGCCGAGCCGCGGUUCCGCGGCGUGCGGAGGCGGCCGUGGGGGAAGUACGCGGCGGAGAUCCGCGACCCGUGGAGGCGGGUGCGGGUGUGGCUCGGCACGUUCGACACCGCCGAGGAGGCCGCCAAGGUGUACGACACGGCGGCCAUCCAGCUACGCGGCCGCGACGCCACCACCAACUUCAACCAGUCCGGGGACUCGGCAAGCCUCGACGUCCCACCCGAGGUCGCCGAGCGCGUCCCGCAGCCGCCGGGGGCGUCCAAGAACGCCUCCCCGGCCACCUCCUACGACUCCGGCGAGGAAUCCCACGCCGCGGCGGCCUCCCCAACCUCCGUCCUCCGUUCCUUCCCUCCCUCCGCCGUCGUCGCGACCGCCGACACGGCCAACAAGAAGCAGCCGCCGCCGCCGCCUCUCGUCGUCCGCGAGACCGACGAGUCGGUCGACGUCUUCGGCUGCUCCUUCUCCGACGACGGCGGCUUCGCCGGCGAGCUCCCACCUCUCUACACCGACUUCGACCUCCUCGCCGACUUCCCGGAGCCCCCGCUGGACUUCUUGUCCAACCUCCCCGUGGAGCCCUUCUCCCUGGCUCCCUUCUCCAGCAACAAUGGGUCACCGGACCUCCACCUCGACGACGCCCCAUCGCCGGCGGCGGCACAAGUGGACGACUUCUUCCAAGACAUCACCGACCUGUUCCAGAUCCCCGUCGUCUAGUGCAGCAGCAAGAACUGUAAAACACCGGAUUAGGAGACUAAUCCGGCCCAAUUUUGUUUGCGUUUUCUCUUUUUUUUUUCUUCUUUAUUUUUUCGUUUUUAGAGGAGAGGAGAGUUGAGUUAAUGAUUCCCCGUCAGUCUAGCUGCGGCAGAACACCCACCACCGCUUCGUCAGGGGGGAAAGCCUUGACGAGGCGAGAGAGAUGAGAAAGUCAAAAGAGAGGCAUAAAACGAGAUCAAUGUUGUUGGGGUUAUGGUUUUUUUGUAAACCAUCGAGAAAAUUAAGUUAUCGGUAAUUAGCAAAUACUACUACUAGUAUCAUCAAUCUUGUUACCAGUAA